GCUGAAGUCCCUAUGGCCUUCCUGCUGGAGGCUAGCCUUCUGGAGGACAAUUGGGAGUUGGUUUUUUCUGCAAUACAGUGGAUACAAUUUGUUAUGGCUACUCUGAGUGUUAUAGGUUCAAGUUCACUUAUAGCCUAUGCUGUAUUUCAGAAUGUACAGAAAUCACCAGAGAUAAGGCCACUCUUUUAUCUGAGCUUCUCUGACCUUCUCCUGGGGAUAUGCUGGCUCAUUGAAGCACUUCUUUAUGGAACUUCAGCAGCCAAUAAGGAUGUUGUCUGCUAUAACUUGCAAGCAGUUGGACAGAUAUUCUACAUCUCCUCAUUUCUUUACACCGUCAAUUACAUCUGGUAUCUGUAUAAAGAGCUGAAGAUGAGACACAACCAGAGUGGGCAGAGCACAUUUCCACUGGUUAUAGAUUAUACUUGUCAUGUUGGUCAAAUAGCCAUUAUUUUGUCAAGCCUGAUACCUUUACUGUUGAUGAUACCUGUAUUCUGUCUGGGCAAUGUCAGUGAAUGUUUCCACAACUUCAGCCAGAGCCACAGGUGUAUUCUGAUGUACUCACCACCAUCAGCCAUGGCUGAAGUGCCUUCUGCCAACACAUCAGUCUGUAGCACACUUUAUUUUUAUGGGAUCACCAUUUUCCUGACCAGCUUUCUCCUCAGUCUCCUCACCAUUGUGGUCCUACUCAUCCAAGCCCAGACUCUGUAUAAGAAGUUUGUGAAAUCAACUGGCUUCCUGGGAAGUGAACAGUGGGCAGUGAUUAACAUUGUGGAGCAGCGAGUACGCUUCUACCCAGUGGCCUUCUUUUGCUGCUGGGGCCCAGCUGUCAUUCUGAUGAUCAUAAAGUUGACUAAGCCACAGGACAUGAAGCUUCACGUGGCCCUCUGUGUUCUCCAGGCUCUAACAGCAUCAUCCCAGGGUCUGCUCAACUGUGGAGUAUAUAGCUGGACACAGUACAAGUUCUACCAACUAAAGCAGCAGGCUCGGCGUGAUGCAGACACCCAAACACCAUUAUUAUGCUCACAGAAGAGAUUCUAUAGCAGGGGCCUAGAUACAAUGGAGUCUACCCUUGCUUUUGCUACCAGCCCUCCACCAUUCUUUGAAACUCUGGUGGAAGUAGUCAAAGCUGUAGUUGCUGAAGCCCAUAUCUACAAUAAGAAAUGCAUGCAUAAGACAGAGGUUCUGGCCAUGAUACUUGGAAGCCAUAUGGUCAUGCUACAUUCCCAAGUUUUGGCCAAGUCAUGA